AUGCAAGCUAUGAGAAUCCUAUUAACAUGUGUCGUAUUAGUCAUUGCAACUGUGAGAGCAGCUCCAGCGCCUCAAGAUAACUCAGAAUCUAAUGAGUCUUCGGGUAGUUCCGAAAAUCAACCAAGAAUCUUUCCCGGCCUUUUAGGAGGUGGUGGAUUGGGAAGUGGACUUUUAGGAGGUGGAGGAGGUGGGGGUGGACCGCUUGGACUGUUUACAAAUCUUUUAGGACUUGGAGGAGGUAGUCCAGGAAUUGGUAGUGGACUUGGUGGAGGUGGUCCUUUAAGUGGAUUGUUUGGUGGUGGAAAUGGUCUAGGAGGUGGAUUGUUUGGUGGUGGAAAUAGCCUAGGAAGUGGAUUGUUAGGUGGCGGAGGACCUGUAAAUGGCCUAGGAGGUGGAUUAUUUGGAGGAAGUCCUCUGGGUGGCUAUGGCGGUGGACCUUAUGGAGGUUAUGGAGGAGGAUAUCCUUUUGGAGGGUAUGGUUCGGGAUACGGUUAUCCGCAAUAUGGCGGUGGAUAUGGAUUUGGCCGACCGUCUUUUUUUGGAUAA